UCCAGACGAUGCCAUUUCCUGGGGCUGGACGCAGGCGCGAGCAGGUUGGUCAUAAGGCGAGACGUUGCCCAAGAACGGCUUCACUCUUGGGACACUCUUGCUAUCUUCUGAGCCGGUCAUGGCUGGGGAAAUAAUUUAUGCUGAUUUAAGGCAUCCUGGGGAUGGUUUUUCUUCUGCCGAGAAGCGUCACGCUCCUGCCUUGUGCCCACGGUGGCAUGGGGUCGUCCUCAAAGUCAGUGGGCUGGGGCACCUCGUCCUGCUGGUGCUGGUGGUAGUGCUGAGCGCACAGGUUUUUCAGGGCUCUCUGCAGCCGGUGACGACAAGCAUUCCCUGGCAAGGCAGCGAGACCCGGGGAAAGAACCACACGGAGCAAUGCGUGAUUUCAGCCCUGAUGCAGUAUUACUGCAAGCCCCGGCAGGACAGCCCCACAGGUAACUCCCCCCGCUUCCCACCCAGCUCUGCUGGGGGAUGCUCAGGUGGAAUUUUUGAUGAGGCUUCCUCCGCCCUUCAAUUGCCAGGAUGCCCUUGGGGAUACGAGUUGGUGACCCACCAAAGGGUUAUUUGGCAAAGAGGGUUGUUGCAAGGAAGUAUUUCUUUUUGCAUACAUGGAGGAGCAGGACUAACCCCAGGGAGGAGGUUCCUCACCACCCUUCCUCCACCCCAACCAGCCAUUUGUGUCCCUGUGGCCACCCAACCCCAGUCGUCCUCCUCCUUUCCAGUGACUGAGCAGGAAAAAACACAACCGUGUGACAAAGACUCAAGGAUGGGUAAAGAGCCGAGGCGUGGGAUGGGAAAACCCUUGGUGCCUUUCAGGUGGUGGCUGGGGAAGACCUUGACCACCCUUUGGGUUGCCUCAUGGCUCUUUCUCCUCUUCAGCCUGUGCUGGCUGCAAGCUGUGUCCCCAGGACUGGCAGCUCCACGGGGACAGAUGCUACCGGCUUUCCAAGGAAACGGGGAACUGGAAUCAAGGCAAGAAAGGCUGCGAAAAUCAGGGGGCUCAGCUGGCAAUGCUCCGGGACAAGAAAGAAGAGGUAAAUACAGAGGAGAAGGUUUGAAAAAGACCUGCAAAUCAGGGGUUUUUUUUAGGUGGGCAGGGGAGCAAAAAGUGCCCGGCGGCAGGAGGGUUUGGGGCUGCAACAGUGGCUCUCACCCACCUCUUGCUCUGAUGUCUCCUAAGAAGUGACUGGGAAGAAAAAAGGGUGGAAUCAUCACCUAAAGCCCCUCUGUGUCCCCCCACCCACCUGUGAC